GGAAACUAUACGAUUGGAGCGCUAUAAUAAGUAAUCACAGUGUGAUACUCAACUACUGUACCACAGAAUAACUAUUCUGAACAAUAUUGUUAUUUAUUCUGUGACUGUACCGUCUUUAAAGCUUAAUCAUUCUACAAUCAAUCGUACUACCGAACGAAGUCAUCGGUCCGUAAUUGUACGACUUAUUUUUAUCGUUUUCUCUAAGACAUGACGACUGCUGCCCGACCGACGUUUGAACCAGCCCGUGGUGGCCAAGGCCGUGGAGAAAAUGAUCUCAGUGCCUUGUCUGUGCAGUAUUCCAGCAGGGACUUACCGUCGCACACAAAAUUAAAAUACAGGGAACCUGGACAGGGCACAACUGAAGAGCUUCAGAAGCAAGAUUUUGCCAAAGUACUCGAAGAAAAAGAAAAAACUGUUGUGACCAAAGCAAUAGGAGGUGAACCUCCACUGAAAAAAAUACGUCCCGAACAUGUUCCAAUUGCAACAUUGGAUGUUGACGAUCCACUAGAUUUAGAUGCAUCGGAUGAUGACGAUAGUGAAGAUGACGCUGAAGAAUUAAUGUUAGAAUUACAAAAAAUUAAAAAAGAAAGAAUGGCUGAAGAAGCUCGUAUGGAAGCAGACAAACGUGAAGCUGAGGAACAAAUCAGAAUCCAGAAUAUUCUUCAAGGAAAUCCGUUAUUAAGCUAUGGUGGUGGAUCAGCAGUACCCAAAGUUAACCAAAAAGUCAAGAGACGUUGGAAUGAUGAUGUGGUAUUUAAAAAUUGUGCUCGCACAGAACCAGAAAAGAACACAACAUUUAUAAAUGAUUGUAUACGUUCAGAUUUUCAUAGAAAAUUUAUGGAUAAAUAUAUUAAAUAAUUUUUUUUUUAAAUUGGUAUAAAAAAAAAAUUAGGUUACUUCUUAUAAUAUACAAAUACAUUUUUUGUUAAACUAAAAUUAUAAUGUGUGUAAUUAAUUGUAUACUUUAAGCCAUUUUAUUUCAAUUAUACUUUUAUAUACACUUUUUUAA